CCGGCGGCCCAGGCGCGGAGGGGGAGACGGUCCCAAGAUGGCGGCGCUGCAGGCGGAGCGCGGGUACGGGCUGUCCUGCGGCCGCCUUGGCCGCGGCACCCGCGUCUCCGUCUUCCACGUCAAGCUCACGGAGAGCGCUCUGCGCGCCUUCGAGAGCUACCAGGCCUGUAAGGAUGCUGUGACAUCAAAACCAGUAAUCCAGUUUCAAGGAAGCCAAGGGCACAUCACGAUCCCAAGGCCGGAUCGCCCCACGGAAGUGCGGACUUUCACAUUCUAUCUCUCCAAUAUUGGCAAGGACAGCCCCCAGGGGAGCUUCGACUGCAUCCAGCAGUAUGUAUCUAGCAAUGGCAAUAUCCAUUUGGAUUGCCUGGGAAGCAUACAGGAUAAAAUCACUGUGUGUGCUACUGACGAUUCCUACCAGAAGGCGAGGCAAAGCAUGGCCCAGGCGGAGGAGGAGACUCGCAGCCGGAGCGCUAUAGUCAUCAAACCUGGGGGGAGAUACGUAGGCAAAAAGGUUCAGGUGCGUAAACCUGCACCAGGAGCUUCCGAUGCUGUUCCCUCCAGGAAGCGCCCAACGCCAGUCAACCUUGCCAGUGCAAUAAAGAGAGGCAAUAGUGCCAUUUCUCAGAGACCCUUCAAAGAUAGGGUUGUGCACUUACUGGCACUAAAGCCUUAUAAGAAACCUGAACUUAUUCUCAGAUUGCAGAAGGAUGGACUUUCUCAGCAGGACAAGGAUUUGCUGGACAACCUUCUGCAACAGGUGGCAAAUUUGAGUGCCAAGGACAGCACUUUCACACUGAAAGACUGUGUAUACAAGGAAGUGCAGAAGGACUGGCCUGGCUACUCUGAAGGAGAUCAGCAGUUGCUGAAGAGGAUACUUGUUCGGAAACUCUGUCAGCCCCAGAACAGUAGCGGUUUUCAAGGAGAAGCACCUUCCCUGAGUCCGCCCAAGGACAACGUGAACUCCAGCUCUCCUCCUCAGAAACGAUCCCAGCCUCUGGAGUUCAUCGACCCCCUGGCCAACAAAAAGCCCAGGAUCUCGCAUUUAGCUCACAGGACUCAACCCACGUUCAACGGGAAGCUGAGCUCCUCCAACGGGAAGGAUGCGCCUGCUCCGGCGCUGCCGCCGGCGCUCCCGGAGGCCGUGAGCUCCAGCUCCAGCCUCCCGGUGCUGGAGCUGCCCAGGCCUCACGAUCCCCUUUCGGAUGUCAGCAAUGACCUGGCUCACAACGGCAGAGACUGUGAGAACCCGGAGCCGGCUGACAGACUGACUCACCCCCUGCCAACAGACUGUCCCCAGACGAGCAAACACAACUGCAGCUCGUAUGUAAAAACCAAGAAGAAAUCCAAAAAGCACAAAGAUAAGGAGAAGGAGAGGAAGGAGAAGAAAAAUGAAGAGAAAUGCAAAGAGGAGAAGCAGAACUGUGAAGUAAUUAAAAAUGCUGACUUAGUUAGUGUUCCCCAGGAACAGGUCACAGGUUUAAAUGGAACAUGCAAUAAUUCUAGUGUACCAACAUCAACUUCAGAAAUGCCAGAUUAUUUAUUAAAAUACGCAGCCAUUUCCUCUUCGGAGCAGCGUCAGAGUUACAAGAACGACUUCAAUGCAGAGUACAGCGAGUACAGAGACUUGCACGCCCGGAUAGAGCGGAUAACGCGGCGCUUCACGCAGCUGGAUGCCAAGCUGAAGCAGCUCCUGCAGGGCACUGAGGAAUACAAGACCAUCCAUGAUCAAAUUUUACAGGAAUAUCGGAAAAUUAAAAAGACUAACCCCAAUUACAGCCAAGAGAAGAACCGCUGCGAAUACCUCCACAACAAACUGGCUCAUAUUAAGAAACUGAUAGCAGAGUAUGACCAGCAGCAGUUUUAGCUGGCACUGAUCUGGACUGGGGAGGGCAAAAUAAAAGUCACCCGGACGUUACGUUACGUUCCCUUUCGUACAACUAGAUUCCUUUCAGAGACGAGUGUUAAUUCCUCCUGGUUGAAGUUGGAGCUGACUUGCGAUGAUGCUGAAGCUGCCCGAGCCACGUCGGAGCUGGGUUGCAAACCCAGUGCCUGGCAUGGGCCUGUUGGGUUUUAGCCUCUCUGAAUGUUGGAAUGUAACAAAUGACAAAACAAAAAAACACACAAAAAAUACCCCACCCCCUCUGCUUAUUUGAAGCCAGCGUUUGACACUUAAGGGAAAACUGACCUAAAGUGACCGAAGCUCCCAAAGGUCAAGAAUCAGUAGUUUUCAUGGAUUAAAGUUUGGCAUGAAGUGUAAUUCCCCUGGCCCAGCUCCACUGGGUUACAGUAAAUUGUCCUUCAAAUGGUGAGGAACUGGAAUGCUGCUAGGUGACCUCCUGCUCUGGCACCUGCGACUGUUCAUAUGCAAGCUGUCUGCUCCACAUGGCACCGCGUUAAAUACACCACGUACCCAGAGCUCUCGUUGUUUGGUCCUGCUUUUGUCAUCUCCGGUGUGUUGCUCUCUUGAGGUGGUUGUGGCAGGAGGAGGGGAUCAGCCCCCGGGAUGUGCCCCGAGGCCUCGUGCGAGUCAGGGGUGGAUCCCUGCUGUGUAAAUCACAGCCCCUUUUUCCUGGUCUCCGCUGGUGUGUCUGGAAGCAGCAGGUGGAAGUGUCUUGCUGUGGCCCCCCCAGCAUGCGCGGGCCAGUGCCUGCAUUAACCUUCACGUCCCAGGGCUGGGAAGAGCGAGACCUGUCUUUGCCUUUUAUAACUUUAUACCAAGGCAGCCAAUUUUAUUAAUUGCUGAUGAGACUUUGGUCUAUUUUUGUAUAAAAAAAAAGGACAAAAAGAGCAUCUUUUUCUAAAUCUGUGCCUCCCUUUUCCUUUCAGGACGAGUGUUUCAGACCCUUUUCCUCUCUUCCAACCACAGUAUUACUGAAGCUUAUCGGAUAGUUUCCCAGAGAAGUUAUCACCUGUACUGACCCAUCAGAGCAGAGGAGGUGGGGGGGGAGGGGGACACGAUGCUUUCUCCUUCUGGUUUAUGUGUCUUUCCAAAGAAGCAGCAGCAGAAAAUCACCCUCAGAACAGACACCAGAGCAUGAGAGAAGUAAGGUAGCACUUUCCCAUGCGGGUCACUUCCACUCUCGUUCUCUAUCAGCCAGCUUCUGGUGCAGUCUUUCUUCUUGAUUUUUGUGGUUUUGUUUUUGGACUUGAAGGGAACAUUUUGAAGAGUAUGGCCAGGGUGUGAGAAACACUCCAAAAAGCACAAAGGUGGCCUUUAACUCUGCUAUUUCUUUCUCUCCCCUCUCCCCUUUUAAUCCUGCCAGCCUGUGUGAUUUGACUUCUUCCCACUUCCGUUUAUCUCAGAGUAAAGGAUUCCUUUCCCGUGGCAUCUCCUUCCCUUGGAGGUUGCACUGAAGAGUCUUUCACCCUUUGAAGGAGUGGAAUGGCAGUGUUAAGGAGGGAAACAGUUCUUACACAAGGAGUUUUUGGUCCUUUUCCUGCUCCCCCCCCAAAGUGGGUCCAUCCGCUGUGUUGAAAACAAGAAGAAAUAAUUCAUAACAAUUCCAUUCUGGCUGGAUGGGGUUUGCUGCAUCGUCCGGCCAGAGCCACCGCUUUGCUUUGUCACAUGCCGUGCUCUGAGUUUCUCUCCCUGUAGCAUCACCUCAGCGCUCUCCAGGACUUUGCCAUCCCGUUCUCCAAGCAGAGCCUACGCCUGAGCCCCUGGGGCCGUGGUCCAUGGACUUGCACAGCCACCGUGUUCUGCUGGGCUGCAAAACCAAACCCGCUCGGAAGCGGGGCAGUGAAGGAGUGGAGAGAAGAGGUGUGAUGCCCAAGGAGCGCUGGGGUGUGCAGGGGGAGCACCCCAAGAGCCUCACUUAGGGAAGUCCCAACGAGCCCCUCUGGGCUCGGGGAAUGCUUUGGUCCCAUCUCUUCUUCAACUAAAGGCAAGUAGAGGUGAGGGAGAUGCUUCUCCUGCAGCUGUACCCAUUUGUGCGGCGCUGCCUGCCUCCAGUGCUGCUGCUCAUCAGGGAAAACUGGAAAAUGCACAUUACAGGCAAGGAGCUUUUGUCCAGAAGACUUUGUCCUCCUGCUCGGUGGGGUCGUGCCGUGUGCUCGGGGCACAAGCUUCUUGAGCAGGAAGUGGUGGCUGGUGGCGAUGUCCAGGCUCCGGUUCCAGCAGAGCUCCCCGUGCACUGAGGGAUCGGGAUGCACUGCACAGCCCAGACCUGCGAGCGGUUCCCGUGCGCUGUCCUCGGCAGCGAGGCCCAAUUCCUGCUUUUCCCAGCCUGAGCCACGGGGCUUGGGGGGACUUUGAUCUCCAAGAGGUGCGUGAGGAGCUCGGGUGGCAGAAGGGGCAGCAGCUACAGCCCCAGGACGAGUCAAUCCUUCCAUGGAAACACUUCUCCUUCUGAUCCUUAAUAUUUUGAAUGGGGUUUUCUUGUUGCUUGGGGGGGGGGGGGGAGGGAUAGAGAUGGAUCUCGAUCUUUAUACAUCUGCUAUAAGAUAUUUUUGCAAACAGAGUUGUAUACAGAGAUGUAUUGUGUACAUUGACAUGUAUAUUCUGGAACUUCUAAAAUUUGAAUAUAAAAAAGAAACCCUGAAAAUAUUUAAUGAAUAUCCAAACUGUGAGACCCAACUAAGCAUCCACCACCUUCCUGCUUCCCUUUUCUUUGGACUGUGUUACAGAGUUGUAGUCAAACCUGCCUUUUCCUUUCUUCCUUUUCUUUUUAGAGAUGAUGAAGCUAGGCAAAUUUUGUGCUUUUUGGGUUAAAUAGAAACCAGUUGUAGGUGAUUAAGUAUGAUCUUAACUUAUUGAUACUGUGUUUUCCUUUGUAAUAUUGUACUGUGGAUAAAACUAUAUUGAGCCAUGGAGUUGGAGUUUACAAAAGAGCUUUUCACUUUGCCAAAAUGUUACAGUUUAAAGGCAGCAUAGUCUUCAGCUUUCCUAAUCUUUUCUUAAGAGCUAGUGUCUUUUUUGUACACUGAGAAGCUGAAUGCUGAUUUUGCAACAUAUAAUAAAUUCACUGUAUUGGAAAACAA